UAAUCAAAAACUUAUUACUGACUUUUUUUGAUUCAGGAAUAGAAUUUAAAUGAUCCAAAAAAUUGAAACAUUAAACAGGCUUGGAAUCAUUAUCCAAUUUGGACUUUAAGUUUCCAAACUUAUGGAGGGGAGUGUAGAAGUUUAUAUUGAUGUAAAAUGCAUGUCAGCCCCUGCAUGAGAUAAACAAGAACAAAUAUUAUGAAUUCUUGGAUAAAUGAACCCUAUAUUUAUAUAUCUGAUUGCCCAGUGUCAUGUAGAUAGUAUUAGGUUAGAUAUUAUGUAUAUUCCAGUGAAGUCUAAACUGAAUAAAGAACAUAAGGCUAAAGCCAAGGAUGCAAGUAGCAAUCAUGUCUUGGAACAAGCAUUGGGGAAGGGUGCUGAAGCAGUCAAGGCACGAGUUAAAACACAAAAGGAAGAUGAUUUUUUCAAAGCUGUUACCAAGGUAUCAUCAGAAAAGAAAUCGUUGAUUAGCCUGCCAUCGGUGAACACAUCUUCAUCAGAUUCGUUGGUUCAAACAGGAGCAAAAGACAUUGCAAAAGAUGUUGAGAAGACAAAGCAAGGUUUUGAUGUCACAUCCGCACUUGGUGAAACUCAUAUGACUCUAUCUGGAUCAAAGCCACAAACACCACUGGGGUCACGAUCACAAACACCAAUGGGGUCACAAUCACACACAGGGUCACACUCACAGCCAGAAUCACGAUCACAAACACCCAGAACUCAGACACCAUUGGCGAGAACGAUGACACCGGAAGAAAUAAUACGCUCCAAGUUGCCUCAUAUCCUCCCCCAAGCUGACUUUGUAACCAACCAGGACCCAGGCUCACAUGGUCAUUCCUCAACCACACAUUUGGACAUCAAUAUCCCCCAUUGCCCAACUGACCAGGGUAUAGAGAGCUUUGGCAACUGGUUGCACCAGACACCUGGUAUGAUAGAUGAUAGUAAAGAGUGAAGAGUACUGGCAUGUUAAUUGUUAAGUUGCUGUUGCACUGUGUACAGUAUAUGUAAUAUCCCCCCCCUAAUAAGUCAUGUUGGUUUAUGUUAUGUUUUUUCAUGUUGCAUGUUUUUUAAAUAAUGUUCACAUAGUACCCAGCACAUGGUUAUGAUUUUGAUUAUCAUGCACAUUUAUAACAUUAUGUAUUUUGACUAUAUGAGAUUUUAUUUGACUUAACUUCAAAUUGACGAGACAAAUUUGAGUGAAGGGUACUCAUAUAACGUAUGUCUUAAUAUUAAUUAAGUUGUAAAAGAUAACAGAUCU